UAUUCAAGUCGAUUCGGGCAAUGAUUUUGUUGUCAUUCUAACUGNUGAUGGACUAGUAUAUCAAGCCAGUGGUGAUUCAGAUUGGCAAACAAAUAAUACUUUGCGAUUGAUCUCAACCGGUAAUGAUCGUUUUGAAAUGAUAGCAUGUGGAUUCAUUCAUUUGUUGUUGUUACGACAAGAUGGCAAUGUUUUCGCUUUGGGAAAUAAUGAUUUUUUUCAAUUGCCCGGUAAUUCAGAGUCAUCGUUUGAUACUCUCAUGAAUACUGGUUUGAAAAAUGUCAAAAUAAUAGCGUGUGGAUGGCGCCAUAGUCUUGCUCUCACCAAUAAUAAUCAAAUCUAUUCCUGGGGCAGGAAUGACAGUGGACAGUUAGGUCUAGGGGAUACAAAUGAACGAAAAAAACCCACACUUGUUUCAUUUCCUGAUGGUUCGAUUGAUUGUCCAAUCAAAAAUAUUGUAGCCGGCCAGCUUCAUUCAUUAUUUUUAUUUGAGGAUGGUCAGAUUUUCGGAUGUGGUUAUGGUCAACAUCCUAUUAAUGAUAACAAGCAAAAUGCAAAGGUGCCGACAAAAAUACCAAUUGAAAAUGUGCAAAGUGUGGCUUGUAAGAAUCUUCUCAAUUUUUCAUUGGCAUUGGAUCAGUCAUCACAUUAUCAUGCAUGGGGUUGGCUGGAUAAUAGAUUCUCGUUAUCACACAAAAAAUUGGAUGAUCAACCGGAAUCAUUUGCCGAAGCAUCAGCAAUGGUAAGGAAAUCACCAAUCACUUUUGGCCUAACAUCAACUGUCAAUGUGUUGGAAGUGAAUAAUCCGAUAUCAUUAAUUGGAUUAUUGAAUAAUCCGGAUAAUUAUGAUGUCGAGUUUGUUAUCGAUGAUAAACGUAUAUUGGCUUCAAAGUGUCACCUGAAAAUGGUAUCUGAAUAUUAUAGUCGAAUGUUUUCCAAUGAUUGGAAAGAAUAUAAA